AUGCCUUAUUACGCGGUUGCAAAUGGUAGAAAUAAAGGUGUUUAUACCAAUUGGAAUGAUUGUAAAUCUCAAGUAAAUGGAUAUAGUGGUAGUUCAUUUAAAAAAUUUAAUACUGCUGCUGAAGCUCAAAGUUUUGCUUCUGGUGGUAGUAGUAGAAGUGGUAGUGGUGGAGGUGGAAGUUCAUCAUCACGUUCAUAUUCAUCAAAUAAUAACGCGUCUUCUUAUUCAAGUGGUGGAUAUUCAAGUGGUGGAUACUCAAGUGGUGGAUAUUCUGGAGGAUAUUCAAGUGGAGGUGGAGUUUCGAAAUCUAAAUCAAGUUCAUCCAGAAGUAAAUCCACUUCAUCUUCUUCAUCAUCAUCAAAAACUGAACGUAUUUAUGUUGAUGGAGCAUCAAGAGGUAAUGGUAGAUCAAAUAAUGCAGCAUCAGGUUAUGGUGUAUAUUAUGGUGAAAAUGAUUCAAGAAAUGCAGCAGUAGCAUUAAAUGAUGUUGAUGAUACUUCUAAAUAUAUUCCAACUAAUCAAAGAGCUGAAUUACAUGGUAUGAAACAUGCAUUAACAAAUAUUAAAAAUGAUUUAAUUAAUGGAUCAACAAAAAGAUCAGAAAUUUAUAGUGAUUCAAAAUAUGCUAUGCAAAGUGUUAAUGAAUGGUCAACAAAUUGGGAAAAAAAUGGUUAUAAAACUUCAACAGGAAAUAAAGUUGCAAAUUCAGAUUUAAUUAAAGAAUCUGUUAAUUUAAAAAAUGAUAUAAAUAAAAUUUAUGAAUCAAAAAAUAUGAAACCUUUAGAAUUUGUUCAUGUAAAGGGACAUUCUGGUAAUGAAGGUAAUGAAGCUGCUGAUAGAUUAGCUAAUCAAGGAGCAGAUAAAAUGUCAAGAGGUAAGUAG